AUGUUGAACCUUCUGUGGAAACAAGGGGAGAGCUUCAGGGCUGCGGGCCGGAGGCGGGGUCGUCAAACCUACAGCCGCUACCAGACUCUGGAGCUAGAGAAGGAGUUCCUGUUCAACCCUUACCUGACCCGAAAACGCCGCAUCGAGGUGUCUCACGCACUGGCACUGACGGAGAGACAGGUGAAGAUCUGGUUCCAGAACAGGAGGAUGAAAUGGAAGAAAGAGAACAACAAGGACAAGUUUCCUAGCAGCAAGAGCGAGCAGGAAGCGGUGGAGAGGGAGAGGAGGGAGAAGGAGAUACGGGAUGGAGGGGCGGGAAGAGCUGGAAGCGGAGGAGAAGGUGAUGGAGGAGGAGGUGGAGGAGGAGGAGGAGUAGCGGUGACGGUGCCGGUGCCUUUACCUGUAGCUGUAGCUGUACCUGUAGCUGUACCUGUACCUGUGGCGGGAACGGCGGGGUCACAGGCGAACGAGGAUUGCUGCGAGAAAAGCCACAAGCAAAUGUAA